AUGCAGAUUCAAGAAGAAAGUAAAUAUAUGUUGAACUCUCAGAUGUGGAACGAGAUAUCGAAGGGAAAUCUGUCAGGAAAGCAGUGCAUUGCUCUACCCAGUGCUGCCGCCUACAGUGCUCUGGUCGGCUCCACCGUGACCCUCCACUGUCUGUCUGCCAAACUACCCUCGCCGUUGAACUUGACCUCACUGACCGUGGAGUGGAUCAAAGAAGAAGCAGACGGGAAGCCGAAAGCAGUGUAUAGUUUUGAACAUGGCUUCUCUCAACCCCACAGAAAAGGUGCUGAUGUGGACAGGACAGGGAUGCUGCACAGAAACGUCUCUCUCAAGAUCGUCAACAUCAGUGUGUGGGAUGCCGGGCCGUACACCUGCCGGGUCAUCACACCUGUUGUGGACUCAUGCACGGCCCAUCUGGAGGUGAAAGCCCGGCCUGUAGUGAGGCUGGAUAAUAAAGCAUCCAUUGCCCACGGAGAGGAGAAGUUGAUAGUGUGUGAUGUACGUGACUACUUCCCGAGAAAGUUGGCUAUCAGCUGGUUUCUACAAAACGACUCGCACGCUGUUCCCUCGAGGGUCAGCCAUCCCUAUCGAGUUUGUACCGAAAUGGAUAUCCCCAAUGCAGACGGCACAUACAGCAUUCGCAGUGGCAUCACGGCACAAUCCUCUAUGCUGGAGAGCGGCCCAAUCCAACUCAUCUGUCAAGUGGAGCACAAGACCUUUCAGCCUGGCUCCUUCAACAUGUCUGUUACUUUGACUCAAGCUUUGCCUGGACAGCAUAUGACGUUGAUGGCUGGCAUCAGCGUGUCCAGUGUCCUAGUUCUACUGGCUGUUGGAGCAGUGUUACUUUCCCUCCGGUAUUCUAGGAGAAAGGCAAUUUGGAAUGCUCCACCAAAUAUUUCUGAAAUCUGCCAACCCAGCGUCACUUAUGCGAAUGUGGAGGAUGUGCUGAAGUGCAUGAUCAGCGGUGUGGGAGCGGGGGAGUUCCAGGUCCAGUGGUAUCAGCUGACUGGAAUGGGGGACAGUGGAACGGGGGACAGUGGAGACGCUGAGGUGGCUCUGCUGCUGUGGGAGGAUGUAACGGGCAGUUCCCGGCUGAAGUCAGACGGCAGCCACCACACCUCUGUCCUGAGCCUCCGUCUGUCCACGGAGCAGGACGGCAGCAGCUACAGGUGUGUGGUCCAAUGGAACGGUCAGACAUUCACCCGCGAGACAACGGUCCGAGUGAGAGUACAGCCCUCGUUCCUCCAGGUCUCCAGCAUCCCUCAGAUUCCCAAAGUCCAGCGCCUUCUGGUCCUGUGCUGUCGUGUGGAAAACUUUUACCCUUCGAACAUCAACCUGGAGUGGUUCCGGAACGACGGGGAGCCGGUGCCCCCUGCCACCUACUAUGGCCCCUUCUCAGACCACAGCCACCUCUACAGCGUGUGGAGCAAGAUCCAGCUCACCAUGGCAACGGAGGACGAGAGUGCUGUGUACACUUGUCGGGUUUACCACUCAAGUUUCGGCCCCCCUGGGUACAAGGACGCCUUGUACCACAUCAACACUCACGGAACUCCACCCAACGUCAUGUUCAUUGACUGUGAGUCUCAGAGCCCCGAGGAGAACACAUUACACCUGUGCAUUAAAGACUUUUGUCCCAAACACAUUACGGUGACCUGGACAAUGGACGGAGAACCAGUGGACGGCAGCAGUGUCUUUAACACGCCUCCCAGUCUCAACAUAAACGGACUGUACUCCAUGUACAGCUUCCUCAAACUCAGCUCCAAAGGGGAACAGAGGAAUUGUCGCUUCCGCUGCCGCGUGGAGCACAGCGCUCAGAUCCAGCCCGAGGAGCGCUGCUACGCCCUCACAUGGCCAGCUCCGGAAUCAUCAGGGUAA